UACAUUGCAACUUCAUCUACUUCUACUUUUCUACUUUCUCUCUCUCUCUCUCUGGCUUUCACUCUCUCUUGUUCCUUCUCAUAUUUUCAUUCAUUCAUUCCUCCCAAUCUUCCGAUUCAGCAAUUCGCAUAACAUUCGAUUGGUACUUGCUAGAUCGCAUCCAUGGCAGGCGGAGGUUUCGCCACCAGUGGUGGCGGCGAUUUUGAGGCAAAGAUCACUCCCAUCGUCAUUAUUUCCUGUAUACUGGCGGCCACCGGUGGUCUCAUGUUUGGUUACGACGUCGGCGUUUCAGGUGGUGUUACGUCCAUGCCACACUUUCUGCAUAAGUUCUUUCCAGAUGUAUACAAAAAGACAGUGUUAGAGAAAGAACUGGACAGUAAUUACUGUAAAUAUGAUAAUCAAGGGCUGCAACUGUUCACAUCGUCCUUGUAUCUGGCUGGUUUGGUUUCUACUUUCUUCGCCUCAUACACAACUCGUACAUUGGGGAGAAGGAUGACCAUGUUGAUUGCUGGCGUCUUCUUUAUUGCUGGGGUUGUCUUCAAUGUUACUGCUCAGAAUCUUGCCAUGCUCAUUGUUGGCAGGAUUUUACUUGGUUGUGGUGUUGGUUUUGCCAAUCAGGCGGUGCCGUUGUUCCUCUCUGAAAUCGCACCUUCAAGAAUUCGUGGAGCAUUGAAUAUUCUGUUCCAGCUCAAUAUCACCAUUGGAAUUCUCUUCGCCAAUCUCAUCAACUAUGGCACCAACAAAAUCAAAGGUGGAUGGGGCUGGAGGCUAUCUCUGGGUUUGGCCGGUAUCCCUGCAGUUCUUCUUACCGUUGGGGCCUUGUUGGUGGUAGACACUCCCAACAGUCUCAUUGAGCGCGGUCGGACCGAAGAAGGAAAAGCUGUGCUAAAGAAGAUUCGAGGCACUGACAACGUUGAACCCGAGUUCUUGGAGCUUGUUGAGGCUAGUCGUGUUGCUAAAGAAGUUAAGGACCCGUUCAGGAACCUUCUCAAACGCAGAAAUCGACCCCAAAUCAUCAUCUCCAUAGCCCUGCAGAUCUUCCAACAAUUCACAGGCAUCAACGCGAUCAUGUUUUAUGCACCAGUGCUGUUCAACACAUUGGGAUUCAAGAAUGAUGCUUCCCUCUACUCUGCUGUGAUCACAGGGGCUGUUAAUGUCAUCUCCACAGUUGUCUCCAUUUACUUUGUUGACAAACUUGGACGCCGUGUUCUCUUGCUGGAGGCUGGUGUGCAGAUGUUCGUAUCUCAAGUGGCGAUAGCAAUCAUCCUGGGACUAAAAGUGACGGACCAUUCUGAUGAUCUUUCAAAGGGUUUCGCGAUUCUGGUGGUGGUUUUGGUCUGCACUUUUGUGUCCUCCUUUGCUUGGUCUUGGGGUCCUCUUGGGUGGUUGAUUCCAAGUGAGACAUUCCCUCUGGAGACUCGCUCGGCCGGGCAGAGUGUUACUGUCUGCGUCAACUUGCUCUUCACCUUCGUCAUUGCGCAGGCCUUCCUCUCCAUGCUGUGCCACUUCAAGUAUGGCAUUUUCUUGUUCUUCUCUGGCUGGGUCUUGAUCAUGUCUUUGUUUGUGUAUUUCCUUGUGCCCGAGACGAAGAAUGUGCCCAUUGAAGAAAUGACUGAGAGAGUGUGGAAGCAGCAUUGGUUCUGGAAAAGGUAUAUGGAAGAUGAUUAUGUUGCUAAUGAGAAAGUUGCUAAUGUCAAUGGGACAACUAAAGGAUUUGAUCCUGUUUCCCAGUUGUAAAUUGCUCUAGUUCCGGCAAAAUACCAAAUUAGUAGUAUUUUUAGGUUCUAGAUUAUGCUGUGAAGGGUUUUAAAGUUAAGUAAGGUACUAGUUUUAUGUCUCAACUUAAUAAUCAGCACAUUAUAAAUUUUCCCAUUUUUUAAGCCAUAUAAGAUGGUAUUUUCUUUUUC